AUGCGGCUCAAGCUGUUGUUUGUGGUAACUGCGCAGCUGGCUCUAGUAAGCAGCCGAGGCCAGAACGAUUCAGUUGAUGUUGCAGCAUUGGAGAGCUUUUGGUCGUAUGGCAGGUCUGAGCCCGUCUACCCCAGCCCUGAGAUAGCAGGAUGGGAAGACUGGGCAACUGCGUACAGAAAAGCCAAAUCCCUUGUCGGACAGAUGACCAACGACGAGAAGAGCAACCUGACAUAUGGCUACAAAUCGAACUCCACGGGAUGCUCCGGUAUAUCCGGCGGCGCGCCUCGGGUCGGAUUCCCGGGCAUCUGUUUGCACGAUGCGGAAAAUGGGGUCAGGGGUACGGACAUGGUCAAUGCAUAUCCCGCCGGCAUCCAUGCUGGGGCGUCUUGGAAUCGAGACCUUACACAUGCGCGGUCUUACUAUAUCGGCACAGAGUUUAAGAGGAAGGGAGUCAAUGUCGCGCUCGGACCGGUUGCCGGUCCGAUUGGAAGAAUUGCAAGAGGUGGGCGCAAUUGGGAGGGAUUCAGUACUGAUCCAUACCUCGCCGGUGUGCUGACGGGCGACUCCGUGCGUGGGCUGCAGAAGUCGGUGAUUGCGUGCGUCAAGCACCUGAUCGGGAACGAGCAGGAGACAAAUCGCAUGCCUCCGAUGCUUUUCCCAGGCACUGCCAAUAACUCCGUUUCUUCGAAUAUCGACGAUAAGGCGAUGCACGAACUGUAUCUGUGGCCCUUUCAGGAUGCCGUAAAGGCCGGGGCUGGCUCGGCAAUGUGCAGCUACCAGCGCAUCAACAAUAGCUACGGAUGCCAGAAUAGCAAGGUUAUGAAUGGGCUGCUUAAGGGAGAGCUUGGCUUCCAAGGGUUUGUGGUCUCUGAUUGGGAGGGUCAGUAUACUGGGCUUGCGAGUGCAGCGGCAGGUCUUGAUAUGGCAAUGCCGACUUCACCAUACUGGGCAAACGGAACGCUGUCGCUUAGUAUAAACAAUGGCUCGCUCUCGCAGGCAAGGCUUGAUGACAUGGCCACCAGGAUUGUGGCUGCGUGGUACAAGUACUCGCCUCUGAAGAGCCCUGGACAUGGAAUACCCGCGAGUCCUCUCCUCCCGCAUACCCUGACUGAUGCGCGUGAUCCUGAAUCCAAGGAGACACGGCUACAGAGUGCAGUCGAAGGCCAUGUUCUGGUAAAGAACAUCAAGAAUGCACUUCCAUUGCACAAACCCAAGUUCCUGUCGCUUUUUGGCUACGAUGCAGUGGCCGCGACGCGGUUUAGCGGACGGUGGAUGGGCCUCGACAACACCCUUAUCUACCCGGACGGUACCGCUGCUGAUUAUCUUCGAUUGGCUCAUAUCAUUACGUCCAGCGCAGACCCCAACGACAAUGGGCCCGGCGUGGCGCUCAAUGGAACCCUUAUUUCGGGCGGAGGCUCCGGCUCCACCACACCAGCAUAUAUCGACGCCCCAUUCGACGCGUUCCAGCGCCAGGCCUACGAGGAUGGGACGUUCCUGUCGUGGGACUUUGUUUCGCAGCACCCGCAGGUGAAUCAAGCAAGUGAAGCCUGUAUUGUAUUCAUUAAUGAACAGUCCUCCGAGGGUUGGGACCGCCCAUAUCUAGCCGACCCAUACUCAGACGAGCUGGUGGAGAGCGUCGCAGGCCAAUGCAAUAAUACCAUAGUUAUUAUCCAUAACGCAGGCAUCCGUCUGGUUGACCGCUGGAUUGAUAAUUCUAACAUCACCGCCGUCCUCUAUGCGCAUGUGCCGGGCCAGGAUUCCGGUCGUGCACUUAUCGAAGUAAUGUACGGGAAGCAGUCGCCGUCCGGCCGCCUGCCCUAUACAGUUGCCCGGAAGGCCUCUGACUACAGAGAUCUUCUCGGCCCCGAGGUGCCUAGAGGUGAUUUGAAUGCCUACUACCCACAGUCUAACUUCUCCGAGGGCGUGUAUAUUGACUAUAAGGCCUUUGAGGCGCCGGGAAUUACGCCACGGUAUAGCUUUGGAUUUGGACUAACCUACACGUCCUUUGCAUAUUCCCAGCUAUCAGUUCGCCUCAGGCGCGAAGUCAACAUGGCGGAACUGCCACCCGGUAAGGUAAUCAAAGAGGGGGGGCUACCUUCUCUAUGGGAUGUUGUCGCGGAGGUGAGCUGUACUGUCACGAACGUGGGGGAGGUUAAAGCCGCCGAGGUAGCGCAGCUGUAUGUUGGUCUGCCUGGAGGGCCAAAGAAGGUCCUGCGCGGCUUUGAGAAACAGGGUCUCCGGCCUGGCCAGGGGAAAAGGUUCAGCUUCGAACUCACCCGACGCGAUCUGAGCACAUGGGAUGUCGCGAGGCAGAGUUGGGUUUUGCAGCGUGGCAGAUACCCGAUCUACAUCGGCAAGAGUGUCUUGGAUAUUCAGCUGACAGGUACUCUGCGAGUAUGA